AUGACCGUCACUGCUACCCAGUUUACACGCCGUUCGGACGAGGACAUUGCCGCCUCUUUCGCUGUCGCUCUUGCUCCGUCCACAGAUGGGCGCUUUGUUGUGCGACACAAUGCACCCAACGAAAGCUUUUUCUACCUGGGUGACACUGCUUGGGAGCUCUUUCACAGGCUGAGCUACGAAGAGGCUGAAGUCUUUCUCCGCAACCGAGCUGAGAAAGGCUUUAACGUGGUCAUGGCGGUGGUACUUGCCGAACAACGUGGCUUAGACUUGCCCAACCGAGAGGGACACCUUCCGCUUUUUACGCCACCCGGCUCAGCCUUGCCUUCCCCAACCCAUCCCAACCCGGACUAUUUUCUGUUCAUCGACCGCAUCGUUGCCCUGGCGGCAUCGCUCGGCAUAGCCAUUGCCAUUGUCCCAACAUGGGGCUGCCACAUCAACGGUGGCCUUCACCGCAGUCCUGUGCUCUUUGAUGAAGAGAGUGCCUACGAGUACGCCAAGUUCCUCGGUCAACGGUACCCUUUUCAACCUUUCGUACUUGGCGGAGACACCAACCGCUGGUGGAAUGAAGAACUUCCGUUUGCCGCUGGGGAGGGCCAGGACGUGCGGAAGUUGACGAUGACCGACUGGGGACCGAUCACGGAAGCGAUGGCCAAGGGUAUACAGGACGGUGAGGGCCUGGCAAAGCAAACUUUGGCAGGCAGUCUCCAAGAGCGUGCCGAGAGCUACAAGUCGUUUAUUACGUACCACUCGACGCAAGGUUGGAACCCGGACUACCCCUGCGCCAUGGCUUCGGUUCAAUUCCCGGACGCAGAAUGGCUGUCGUUAGACUGUGUCCAAAGUGGCCAUUCCGACGAGCUUAUGCACCCACCCAGUGCGCACAUCGACAUGUGGUUUGCUCGCAACUCAUACAUUCCGGUGCGCCAGAUGUAUUCGCACUCUCUCCCCAAUGGCAAGCCGCGGCCAGUUAUCGAUCUCGAACCACACUACGAGGCUACGCACUAUCACUUUGACCCCAGCCGCCCCAUGUGGAAUGCCGACGACAUUCGAGCUGGAGGCUGGCAGGCUCUCUUCUCCGGUGCGUGCGGGUACACUUACGGUGUCAAUUCCAUCUGGCAAAUGUACAACGCGUUCUCAACCACCCAUGGACCAAACCAAGGCACCACCUCGGCUGAAACCAACUGGUUUUACGAGCUGGAUCUUCCGGGUAGCUUCCACGUCGGCGUGAUGCGCAAAAUCAUGUUGUCCCUCCCGAACUACUUUUCCCGUGUGCCAGACCAAGACUUCAUUGUCUCGUCGACCAAUGAGCUGGACCCCCACGUCCGUGCGGGGGACAAGCUGGUCACUGGAACUCGAGCUGAUGAGUGGGCCCUCGUCCAUCUCCCUUAUGGCGGCAGCAUCUCGAUCGACCUCGCCAAGGCCCUUCCAGGAAAUGAGCCGAGCAUUUGGAGGGCUUGCAUUCACCUCAUCAGCGGAUACUUUGUCAACACCACGACUCGUUUCAAUGUCUACCUCCCUCCCAAGUCUGUCUGGGGGGGUCGCUUUUUCCAGCACAGCUAUCCUUUGAAUACGCAGAACGCAACGGAUGACGAUAUUGGGUUUGCGGCUGAAGCGGGCGCGUACGUUGUGCAGGUGCUUGGCCAGACAGGCUACCGCCACGAGGCCGCGUCUGCCAAACAGUCACGCCUUAUUGCGGCCAACUAUUACGGCGUUUCAGCAGACAGCAUCAAGGGUUACAUGUUCGGUGGCAGCGGUGGUUCAUUCCAGGUCGUUGGCGCCGCAGAGAGCACGGAAGGUGUUUGGCAAGGAUUUGUUCCUUACGUCCUUGCCUUCCCUCGCAGCAUCCCCGACGCGAAUUCCGCUAUUGCUCUUGGGGGCCUGGUUCUGCAAGACGUCACACCCUCUCUCUCGGAUGCGGUUCUCCCAGGUGGAUCGGGAGAUCCCUAUGCAGGACUGUCUCCCAUGCAGGCUGCCGUCCUUCACGAGACGUCGUCGAACGGUAUUCCCUUGUUUGCCUGGGACGCCCUCAACUACACCCAAGCGAGUCAGCUCUUGCGUGGGUUCUGGACUGUUAUCCGCAACUUCGACGCCACCUAUAGUGACGACUUUUGGAGCAAGCCAGGGUACCUGGGGACGGAGAAUUCCGACCUUGGCAACUAUUUGCGGGACCACCGCCGCAUUGACAGCGUUGCCAUUGCCAAGGUCGACUCGAACACGACGGGUUACGUGACGUCGCUCCGCGUCCCCAGCCUCAAUCGUCAGAAGGGACUUAUCGAGCAGACUAUUGUCGCGGGCGACACAGCAGACUGGGUCAUCGUGAAUAACAAGGACCAAGUCGUUGCAAACUUGACUGGUGUUCUGCACUACAACAACUUCACUUUUGUGCCGAGCAACGCUAUUCUCGCCAGCGUGAUUUCUGGUGGUUCCAAACUCCGUUACGAUAAUAGCUAUUACAUCGCUGCGCACGCCUACCAUUGCUACCAGGUUCCCGAUGCCGCAGAGGGCUACUAUGUCUAUGACCAGUACCGCUUUCCCAACGGUACGGACAUGUACCCGCGACGUCCUGUCACGAUUGGGCCCAUCAUGUCAUCGGCGACGACGGGCGGUGCGCUCUUCUCGGGGUCCAUUCGAGCAGGUGCCAAGAUGAUCUUCGUUUCGAAUCUCUUGGACGUCAACGCAUACCCGUGGAAUGUGGACUGGUACCUUCAGCGGAUGAGGUCGAGUGGCAUCGACCUUGGCGCUCAGGCCCGCGUGUACAGCCAGCAGCACGCCGACCAUUUCGACGGCCGCAUCGGUUCAUUCGCCGCCCGCAGGGUUGUCCGAUAUGACCCAUACCUGUGGCAGGCGCUCGCCGAUGUCGCAAACUGGGUGGAGAAUGGCACCGAACCACCGCAGUCCAGCCAGUACACGGUCGACAAUGCCCAGAUUGCUGUUCCCAACGACCCGGCCACCCGUGGUGGAAUCCAGCCCGUGGUGACGUUGACUGCCAACUCACUGAAACGGGUUCAGGUUGCGGCCGGUCAGUUGGUCACGUUCAGUGCAGUAGCGGCCGUUGUUCCCGGAACUGGGUCACUUGUUCGCCUCGAGUGGGACUUCGAGGGGACUGGCGUUUACACCACAUCCGAUAUGACUGUUGCGGCGCAAUCGCUGAACGUGUCCUCGUCGCACACGUACAACAGCAAAGGAACGUACUACGCUGCCGUCAGGGUGGCCAGUAACCGCGACGCGAAGCUCAAUGAGGAAUAUGUGCUCAACUACAACCUCGAUCGCGUUCGCGUUGUCGUCAAGUGA